CGGAGCUUACAACUCUUUUUCAUCCACAGCUUCUGAAAUUACCACACCUAUGUAGAUGUCAAGCAAUGAAACUAUUCAUUUUCUGAUGCAUAAAGGGAUAGAUGUAGAUCAUGAUGUAUUGUAGCAAGGAUACACCUAUCGUGCAAGAGGUAAAAAUAAGUUUGUUGUUCUAACUAAACUGGAAAGGUGACUUCCGAGGUGUGUGUGUCAGAGAGAAAGAGCGCUUGCAACAGGUGUAUCCAAGAAAACAGGUAGGCUGAACCACUCCUACUUUUGAGAAGCCAGAAUAUGGUGUGAAAGAAACAGAACAUACUUUGUUUAUUUCAUUAGCCAUAAAUUAUUAUUUUGCCAAAAAGGAAUAGGCAACAAGUUUCGCACGGAGGGAGAGCAACUUUCCAAAGGAUUUAUUGGAAUAAGAUGAGCCAACAACAGCAUACAACAUAUUAUUGAAUCAUAAACUUUGGCUAUACCUAAGAUCAAUACUACUUUUAGACUUCUUUACACUCUUGUCUUGGAUUUGGAAUUGGAUGAAAGAAAGUUGACCGAGGUUGAGCUGAACUUCUUGGACUAAUGUCCUGACUGAUUCCAGCGUUGGACUAGACCACACACCUUUAACUGUAUUCAGGACUAUCAAGGAGCAGUCGGGCGGACCACUCCACCGAACCGGGGAGAAUGACACUGCUGCUGUGGAUCCUUGGGAGUUUCAUUGCUGUGGUGCAGGGGGACUUUGUGGAGCCCUCUCCCCUGUUCUCGAUGCGCUCCUUGACCGAGGUUGAGACCCGGCUGCCCUGCCGGUUCAAGGUGGAAGUGGGCCAGGUGGUGGUUCAGGUCACCUGGACCAAGGAGAAAGCAGAUGGUACCAAGGACCAGAUGAUCACAGUUCACCACACUGCCGGACACACAGAGUUUGGUCAGUACUCGGGGCGUGUGCGGUUCGGCAGCAGUGAGCCCACGGUGGACUCGUCUCUGAUCAUCAUGAACACUGUGGAGUCAGACGAGGGCAGGUACAACUGUCACAUCAGCACCUUCCCCUCUGGGAACUUUGAACGACAGCUGUCACUCACCGUGUGGACCACACCCAUCUCCUCCCUGGACCCCGUGGUCCUUGUCGAGGGCCAGUCCUACCGAUUGGCCGCCUCCUGCCGCUCCGUGGCCCGCCCCCUCCCCAGCCUCUCCUGGGACACGGACCUGACGGGCAGUUCACAGAACAGGAGCUCGGUGGGUAGGUCAGUCUCCAUUCACUACUCGCUGCACCCCCUGAGGAGUAUGAACGGGAAGAGGCUGGACUGUCUGGUGUGGCACCCGACUCUGGAGGGACCCCGCAGGAUCACCAACAACCUGGUGGUGCACUAUCCUCCCAAUGCAGAGAUCUCAGGGUUUGAUCAGAACUGGUAUGCUGGUCUGGAGGGAGCUGUCCUCAGCUGUGUCAGUGGAGGAAACCCCAAACCACAGAGUUUCACCUGGACAAGGAAGGGUGGAGACUUACCAGAGGGCGUAACGGCAAGAAAUGGAUCCCUGCUGUUUAAUAGGCCCCUCAGCCUGACAGACGCUGGCAUCUACCAAUGUGUGGCCAAUAACAUUGUGGGGGUGGGGAAAGCAGAGGUGGAGAUCACUGUGACAGAGUUGCCUCAGAAUCCGGCGUUGUUCAAUAGUCUCCUGAUGAUCAUAGUGGGAGGGGUGGCCGGAGGACUGCUACUCAUCAUGGUCAUCGUAGUAAUCUCAGUGACCCGUCACCACAAACGCAAAAACAAGAAACUGGAGAAAGAACUGACUGUAAAGAAGGAGGAGAUCAGUACUCUCUCCAGACAGGCCUCUUUCAGGAGAGUCAACUCAGUCAGUACGGAUGCUAGAGGACAGUUCUUUCAGAUGGAGGAGAAUAUCCCUCUCAGAGUGGAGGGGACACUGCGGGCCAGUCUGUCCUCUCUAGGGGAGCAAGGGCACAUCAGGGACAGUCGCUCUACUCUGGUAGGGGGAGGUGGGCUAGACUACCUGGGUCGACCUGUUCUGAACAACUCUUCACGAAGAGGGAGGGAGAGCAGAGCCACAGACAGAGAGGAGAACAGACUUAGGGUGGAGUCAUACGUCCGGAAUAGCACUAUGUCUUUGGAAACCCGUCUCCACCCGCCUAUCCAACCCUCUCCCUUCCCAAUGGAACAAUCCACCAAGCUGCUGAGGUCCCUGAACGGCAGCGCCAUCAUUCCAACAGAGGGGGGUUUACAUGUACGGCACUCCCCUCUCAGCUGCAGCUACCCUCCCGUCACAGACGAAGAGGAGGAGGGUGAAAGUGUGGAGGGAGAGCGGGGGACAAGCCCCAGGAUGAGUCUGAUAGAUCAGGGGAGGUCAGAGGACCAGGACAACAGUUCUCAGAUCUCAGAUGCGGAACGUGGACUCAACCAUCACUUCCAGCAGAACAAUGGAACGUUGAGACCCAAACCCCGGCCCAACGGCAUCCCCCUCACGCCAUCCCCACACGCCUCCCUCAUCCACAAGGCCCAGAUUGUAUAGAGGAGUCCGGGCAAGGGCAGAUGACGCACUAUACGACAAGGACUGGUUGUGACUGUUUGGGAUAGGUGCCCGCCGGUGUGGUGGCAUAACUCAGUGGCAGCCAGUUUACAUCCUUUUCACUUCUGGAGCAUACCUCCACCUUCGCCUCAAGCUCUCAGAGAUGUCUGAUCAGCAGAUAAAGGUUUUGAUUGGUGAACAGAUAAUGCUUCUGAUUGGUGUAGAGAUACAAAUAAGUAACACAUAUGUAUCACAGGAGAGGAGCUGGACAUGUCAAAUAAAAAGCUUAUGAAUGUCAGGUUGGACAUAGACCAAAGUAGUCAUAACAUUGUACUGUAUAUAAUAUCACAGCAAUAACGAUCACUCCAGGAAGCAUCAAGAGGACAUUUACAUGAUUUUGUACCCUAAAAAGACUCCACCACGCAUUUUGUAUUGUAUUUUAUUAUUAUUUUUGAAGACAUGAUGACAGGACACUGUAACUGAGAUACAGUAUUUGAAUAUCAACUAAUGCAGUGACUCCUAACUGAACUCAGAGAAGAGGCAUUCAGCAGAAGCACAAAUAGCGCCUGCCUGUUGUGUUGGUGAACUUUCACCCUCCUUUCCUCUGGAUGAGGGGAUACAACACAUAUUGUUCUGUUCACCCUAAAAUGGAGUCCAUCUUUCUGACUUUAAGUGUGGCAGGAGUUUAUCUAGAUAUACCCCUCCUUGCCAUGAACUUGGGUGUGCACAAACAACAUCACUUUGAACUCGCUAUAGUCUUUGACGCCAAAAGCCAAAGAGACUGCAUUUUAGCAGUGGAAAAAGUACCCAAUUGUCAUACUUGAGUAAAGUAAAGAUACCUUAAUAGAAAAUUACUCAAGUAAAAG